UUUUGUUAUCUGAUAAAUGACAAUCAUUCAUUGAAUACAUUAAAAAAAUUCUGAGAACAAAAACACGUCGCCGGAAACUGUUUCCCUGAAAACCGUCACCAUUCGCCGGCGAUGGAUUCCGUCGCCCGGCUCACAAUCAUUCUAUUCUUCUCAUGGAUCGGUCAAAUAUCUUCAGAAUCAAUACUAAAGCUUCCGUCGGAAAAAGAAAUCUCCGGCGAGUACUGCGACAGCUGGAGAUUAGCGGUGGAGACGAAUAAUGUCGGAUCAUGGAAUCAGAUUCCGGCGAAUUGUGUUGAUUCGGUAGCGGAAUAUAUGAUCGGAGAACGAUACAAAAGAGAUUGCGAUGUUGUGGGGAAAUUUUCAACCGAGUUUGCUAAGCGCGUGGCGAUUGGUGGUGACGGAAGAGACGCGUGGGUGUUUGAUAUUGAUGAGACUCUUCUUUCUAAUGUGCCUUACUAUCAAGCCGUUGGAUUUGGGUCAGAAAUCUUCAAUGAGACAUCCUUCAAUGAUUGGGUGAACUUGGCUGAUGCACCAGCUUUACCUGCCAGUUUAAAUUUGUACAGAAAGCUUCAAGACUUGGGCUUCACAAUAUUUCUCUUGACUGGUAGGAGUGAGCAUCAAAGGAAUGCCACAGAGGCAAACCUUUUAUUUGCAGGGUACAGAAAUUGGGAGAGACUCAUCUUAAGAGGCCCUUCUGAUCAAGGGAAAUCAGCAACUAAUUUCAAGUCUCAGAAGAGAGAAGAGUUGAUAAUUGAAGGCUACAGAAUCCAUGGAAGCUCCGGAGAUCAGUGGAGUGAUUUGUGGGGUUUUGCAGUCGCCUCACGGUCUUUUAAACUCCCGAAUCCGAUGUAUUUUAUUCCUUAGCACACAAACUUGUAUGGCUUCUCCUAUCUGUAUUCAUUUUUCACGAUUUGCUUGUUAUAACAAGUGUUCAUAAUUGUUGUUGUAAAAUUAUGCUUGUUAUAACAGGUACUAGUUCUGAUAUGCUACUGUUAUUUUUGUUAGAUAAAAGACUUAUUUUGAGCUUUCAA